GCGGUGCUGAGCCUGGCGCGACCCUAAUCUUAGGUUCCCGCAGCCAGUCUCUCCACUCUAGGCCACAGCCUUCCAGUUUCGUGUCUGUGUCAGCUUGGAGCUGCAGCCCGGGCCGCCAUGGCGCUGCGUGUGGCCGCGUUCGACCUUGACGGAGUGCUGGCCCUCCCCUCUAUCGUCGGGGCUCUCCGCCGCAGCGAAGAGGCCCUGGCACUGCCUAGAGACUUCCUGCUUGGUGCUUUCCAGACGGAAGUCCCAGAGGGACCCACUGAGCAACUCAUGAAAGGGAAGAUCACAUUUUCACAGUGGGUACCACUCAUGGAUGAAAGCUACAGGAAGUCCUCCAAAGCCUGUGGAGCCAGUCUACCUGAGAAUUUCUCAAUAAGUCAAGUAUUCAGCCAAGCCAUGGCAGCAAGAAGCAUCAACCGCCCCAUGCUUCAGGCAGCCAUUGCUCUCAAGAAGAAAGGAUUCAAAACGUGCAUUGUCACCAACAACUGGCUGGACGACGGUGACAAGAGAGGCAACCUGGCCCAGAUGAUGUGUGAGCUGAGCCAACACUUUGACUUCCUGAUAGAGUCCUGUCAGGUCGGGAUGAUCAAGCCUGAGCCUCAGAUCUACAAGUUUGUACUGGAUACCCUGAAGGCAAAACCCAAUGAGGUUGUUUUCCUAGAUGACUUUGGAAGUAAUCUGAAGCCAGCCCGUGACAUGGGGAUGGUUACCAUUCUGGUCCACAACACGGCCUCGGCUCUGAGAGAACUGGAGAAGGUCACAGAGACACAGUUUCCUGAGGCCCCACUGCCAGUCCGGUGCAAUCCAAAUGACGUCAGCCAUGGAUAUGUGACAGUGAAGACAGAAAUAGAAGAAUAUGCCAUGGAAUUGCUGUGUAAGGAGAUGGUGACAUUCCUGGAUAAGCUGGGAAUCCCUCAAGCAGUGUUCAUUGGCCAUGACUGGGCUGGCGUGCUGGUGUGGAACAUGGCUCUCUUCCACCCUGAGAGAGUGAGGGCCGUGGCCAGUUUGAACACGCCGUUUAUGCCACCAGAUCCUGAUGUGUCUCCCAUGAAAGUCAUCAGAUCCAUCCCAGUUUUCAAUUAUCAGCUGUACUUUCAAGAACCAGGCGUGGCCGAGGCUGAACUGGAGAAGAACAUGAGUCGAACUUUCAAAAGCUUCUUCCGAGCCAGUGAUGAGAUGGGUUUCCUCACUGUGCAUAAAGCCACAGAAAUGGGGGGGAUCCUUGUGAAUACUCCAGAAGAUCCCAAGCUCAGCAAAAUUACUACUGAGGAAGAAAUAGAGUUUUAUGUACAGCAGUUCAAGAAGUCUGGCUUCAGAGGUCCUCUGAACUGGUAUCGGAACACAGAAAGAAACUGGAAGUGGAGCUGUAAGGGGUUGGGACGAAAGAUCCUGGUCCCAGCCCUGAUGGUCACAGCUGAGAAGGACGUUGUACUCCGUCCUGAAAUGUCCAAGAACAUGGAAACGUGGAUCCCUUUCCUGAAAAGGGGACACAUUGAAGACUGUGGACACUGGACACAGAUAGAGAAACCCGCUGAGGUGAACCAGAUUCUCAUCAAGUGGCUGCAGACUGAAGUCCAGAACCCAUCAGUGACCUCCAAGAUUUAGCCAGUGGCCUGUCCUCUGCUGGGGACACAUUUUCGUUUCUGGAACGCAGCCUGAUCCACAACCAGCAGCACCAUUCUUUUGCCAGCCAGUGAUUUUCUUUUAGAUGAUGGGAUGGGGUGUAAUUUUAGAUUGGGGAGAGAGUGUGUGUCUAAUUCUUUCGAGGAUGCCUGUACCAUCAGAGAAGAGACCACACCCCAGGAGGAAGGUAUGGGGCAGUCCAGUUUGUACCUUUGCAGCCAAACCCAAGCCUGCUCCUUUUGAAGCAGCUGAUUGGAGAGUAGGGACUUUCAUUCAAUAAAGCUAAGACCUCGG